GGGGACCUGAAAAAGUGGUCCUCUCAGUACAUCUCAUGGUUUGGGCAGAUGAACGCCAUAAAGAUGAACGUUAUGCCAAGAAUCUUAUACCUGUUCCAGACGUUGCCUACGAAUAUCCCGCGGUUAUUUUUUCAAUCCGUAACAACCACCAUACGGAAAUUUGUAUGGAACAGGGGACCG